AUUUUGUUUACAAGGAAGGAUAAGAGUGUUGUGAAUAAAAGUUUAGUUUAUGAGUUACAAAGAAGUGAGUUGAGACUGAUAUUAAAGAAGCAAAAAAUGUUACAUAAUAGGUCAAAACGUUGAUAGGUCAAUCAAUGUAGAAAAGGAAGCAGUAAUGGAAAUUUUUUAUUUCUGAGGAAACCUAUUAAUUUUACCUAUUAAUAUUUUUCUUUAGUUAAUUAAAAAAAUGUUUUUCCGCAAAUUUCAAUUAUUUUUGCUGUUUUUAUUAAUUUCUUUGACUUUUGGAAAAAGCAAAAUAGUCGACAGAUUUUUUGUUUUGGAGGAGGAUAUUUUGCAAAAUGAAAACAAUAACAACGAAAAUAAUGAGGGAGAAGAGAAAGAUGCUAUUGUUUCCUUACCUGGCCUUAACUUUGAAUUAAAUUUUAAGCAUUAUUCGGGAUUUUUGAAAGUCUCAUCUAAUCAUUUUCUUCAUUAUUGGUUUGUCACUUCUCAAGGAAAUCCACUCAAAGAUCCAUUGAUUUUUUGGUUUAAUGGGGGCCCAGGAUGUUCUUCUUUGGAUGGAUUACUUAGCGAAUUAGGCCCUUAUAUUGUUGGGGAGGAUGGGAAAACUUUAAACAAAAACCCCUAUUCUUGGAAUAAAUAUGCAUCGAUCGUGUUUAUUGAGGCCCCAGCCGGUGUCGGGUAUUCAUAUUCCUCUGACGGAAAUACAACAACAAACGACGAUUUAACAUCUUUGGAGAAUUACGAGGCCAUUAAACAAUUCUUUGGACGUCACAAUACUUUCCGUAAUCAUUCUGUAUAUAUUACUGGAGAGUCUUAUGGUGGUGUUUAUUUGCCUACUCUUGGGGCGAGAAUUGUGGAUGGACAGGGGGAAUUCCCAAUUAAUCUUAAGGGAAUGGCUAUUGGCAAUGGUUAUAUGAACUCAAAAAUGAAUAUUGACACAUCUGUCCGGUUUGCCUACGGUCACGGCAUAAUUGACCAAAAAGUUUGGAAUACUUUAGAAAUGGAAUGUUGUCGAGGCUGUAUUGAUGGCUGUGAUUUGUCAGGACUUGGCCAAUCUUGUGGGAGGAUGGUGGAAGAUAUUUUUGAAUUUUUGUGGCAUAGCGGUCUUAAUCCUUAUGAUUUAUAUAGAGAUUGUGGCAAGUUUUUUAAAGAAAUUUUAACUGAUGCAUUAAGGCGAGAUUUCGUUCGAAAAUAA